CAAGCACGGCAGUGUUGUUGUUUUCUCAAGUUUUAUCCUGAUUUUUAUUGAAUUUAUUUGAUUUAUCUUUCUAUAAAGUGUAUAAAGUGAAAAUAGAAUGACGACGAAUAAGGAAUUGUGUGUAAAUAAGAGGAAUAAAUUACUGUCCAAGGAGGAAUUGGAGGGAAUGUCCAAAGAGGAAUUAAUUGACAAAGUCAUCCAGCUUCAAGCUCACAAUCUCCAGCUCAAGAAUAUAAUACAAAAACGGGAUCCGGACGGAAAGAUUUCCGAGGAAAGUCCCUCCAAGAAGAAGAGAAAAUUCGACUUCAGUAAAGCUUAUAAAAGGCAUAUUUUGUUGAAAUUUCUGUAUUUGGGCUGGGAUUAUCAGGGAUAUGCGAGCCAGGAGGACUCAGUAUCUACGAUAGAGUAUCAUUUGUUCAGAGCACUGGAGAAAACGUGCCUGAUUGAGAAGAGAGAAAAUGCCAAUUACCAUCGCUGUGGAAGGACUGACAAAGGAGUUAGUGCAUUUUCCCAGACCAUUUCCAUCGACGUGAGGAGCAAAUUCCCUCCGGAAGACCAAAUGCUUCCAGAAUCACUCGAAAAUGAGCUGAAUUACUGUGUCAUGCUCAAUCAAUCUCUUCCUGACGACAUUCGAUGCAUUUCCUGGCAUCCUCUGGAAGAUGACACGUUUAGCGCGAGAUUCAACUGCCAGGAGAGAUCCUAUAGGUACUUCUUCCCUCGUGGGAAGCUCAGUAUUCCUGCCAUGAGAGAAGGUUGUGUGCAUUUGCAGGGGAGUCACGAUUUCCGGAAUCUCUGCAAGAUGGAUGUAGCUAAUGGAGUGGUCUCCUUUACCAGAACCAUCGAGAGUGCAGUUAUAAAAGAAAUUGCCCAAGAUGGUUCAGAUGAUCCUCACAGCAUGAUGUUCUUGGAGAUCAAAUCAAAUGCCUUCCUCUGGCAUCAAAUCCGAUGCAUAAUGUCUGUCCUAUUGCUGAUUGGGCUAGAAAAGGAGAAGCCCGAAGUGAUUUUAGAACUCCUGAAUGUACAGAAGAAUCCCAGAAAACCGCAGUACAGUUUGGCCAGUGACGUUCCGCUGAAUCUCUACGAAACGAGUUUUGAGGACAAGGACAGCUGGGUCCUGAAUCAGCAGACUUUGGAGCGAGUUAUUCGAGAUUUGGAGACUCAGUGGAUGUUCAGCUCCAUCAAGACGACAAUGAUGCUCGAAAUGGCUAAAGAUCUGAAGAGAAUGCUUCUGGAGAAGUUCCCAGAAGCUUCAGAAGUAGGUUGCAGUGGAGAGGAAUUGAUUCAAGGAGCCAAAAUGAAGAACUACAAGCGACUGAUGGAGCGUUCCAAAGGGGAAAGUCUUGAGGAUCGCAUUGAGCAUUACGUAAAGAAGCGGAGACUCAACGUCAAUCAGCAAUGAAAUGCCUCAAAUUCCGUCAAAUUGAACUCACGUCUGGUAUAAUGGGCUUCUGGGGGCCUCUAAUUGAUGACGAUGCGCAGUUGGGAAUGGUGUUCCUCGGUCGAAGUAAAAGAAUCCAUCGAAUCCAUCGAAACAGGUAGAAUUUACACGUGUUGACACGUGCUUGGAAUAAUUAAACAAUUCUUUUUUCCUAUCUGAUAUUCGUAGCAAUUGAUGAGUUUAUUAAGUUGCAUUUUGGGGGAGAUUAAAAAUAUUGUGACAAGGAGAAUAUUUUGGUUGUUGAUCAGUGAAAGUUGUAUCAGUGAUUGAAUUAAAUCCCAAUAAUUUGUUAA